UCAUGCCUUCUGUGUCCUCCUCCCUAAUUUCUUCUGGAGCUGUUUCAACAAACUGUUCUUUUAGGGCAUUUUUUUCUUCUCUCGCAUGUAUGGCUCAUUUGCCAUUUUGAAGCUUGUGUCUCUAAACCAAAACGUGAUGUGGAAAAAGAGUUUUCUCAUGUUCCUUUUCUCUCUCUCAGUUCAAAGAGCUGCCCUGGAUUGUGAAUGGAGGAACAAACUCCUUUCUCCAAGUUUGAACUCAAAAACAAAUGCAGUCACAAGGGGUCAAAAUGUGUCUUUAAUUUGUUCCAGCCGGAACCCAUCACUACAGAUCACCUAUCUUUUGUUUCGGCAUGAGAAGCACCUGAGAACCCAGGAAGGCAAAGGUGAACCCAUGAUUUUUAACCUAAGUGUCUCAGAAGCCCAUGAUUUGGGUCCCUACAAAUGCAAAGUCCAAGUUUCUAACUGUUCAGUUAUCAAAUACAGUCAUGAGUUCAACUUCACCUUUGUUGACCCAGUGAUUACACCAGUGCUGAAUGUUAACGUCGUUAAAAUAGAAACAGACCAACAUAUAAUACUGCAUUGCAUCUCAUUCAACGGCUCUCUGCCCAUCAAUUAUACUUUCUUUGAAAAAGAUACUGCCAUAUCACCAGCCAUUUCCAAGUACGUAAGGGAGCCCGCUGAAUUCAACCUAACCAAGAAAAGCACUGGCGGAAGGGAAGAGUAUAGGUGCAAAGCUGAAAACAAAUUGCCUGACCACACAAAAUACAGUCAACCAGUCUUCAUCAAUCCCUGGACAGGAGGAGGCAGCUGUCCUUUCUGUCUGCAGCUACUGCUUCUGGGAUUAUUGCUGGUGCUAAUGGUAAUAAUCCCAAUUCUGACAUUUUGGAUACUACCAAAGUACAGAGCAGGAAAAGCUAUGAGAGAUCAGGCACCCAGAGACAAUGGAAAUACACCCAUGGAAAUUGGAAUAUAUGCAAAUGUCUGUGAAACUCAAGCAGACUCUGUGCCAGGCUUGGAACCAAGGCAGUGUGUUCGCACAGCCCAAGAUGGAAUUGGACACUCCCAGGAGAUACAUUAUGCUACCCCCAUGUUCCAGGAGGUGGCACCUGGAGGUCGUGAAGCCUAUAAUGAUUGUAAAACUGGGUCUAUCUAUUCUGAGCUCAUCAGAAGAUGACAUUUAAAGCUACAAGCUACAUCUCAGAAUGUUCUUACAUUCUGGAGACUGGAGAGCUACUGCUGCCGUUACCCUGGUUGCCUCCUGCCACAACAGCCUCAGGCCCAGAAACUGGAGGCUCGACAUGGGAUGUGGAGUUCUGCCACCGCAGACAUUUGCUUCUCAGCGACAACCACCACCUUCCCUUCUACUUCCCAGAUCCCACGCACGCGUGUCUAAAUGGAAGACAUUCACAACCACACACACCCUGGCAGUAAGGGCAUUGUAAUUUUUUAGGUUUCUGAUGCCACCAAAUAGGAGGGUCAUGAUGACACUCAAGAGAGCCAAAGAAUCUACUACAUUAGCCAAAAUAGCAAUCAAGACUGAGGGUACAGUGAAGGCAUUUUAAGACAAAGACUGAGAAGGAGGUUUUCCAAUCACGUUCUCAGUGAAAGAAGUACGCCGUAUACUUGAAGAAGAAACCUGAACACAGAGAAAGGGUGUAAGAUUCAAGAACAUUCAUAGAGUAAACAUAAAUGGCAGAAGGCAGGGGGGCAGAAAGAGAGGUGCGCAUAAGGUUUGCAAACAUUAUAAGGCUACUUGAUGGGGGGCUUAAAGUCACCAACCAUGAGAUCAUGACCUGAGCCAAAAUCAAGAGUUGGACGCUCAACUGACUAAGCCACCCAAGUGCCCCUAAGGGAUGUGGGUCUUGGCCACCUCUCUGACCUCUUCUACCCAUCUCCCCUAUGCUCAUCUAUCCCGGCUCCCCUGGCCUGUUUUCUGCUCCUUGAUCAUUCCACACCUUUUCCCUCAUAAGGGCCUUGGCUCUUGCUAGUCCCACCGCCCCAGAUCUUCACACACCUGACCCCUUUGUAUCAUUCAGCCUCAAUUUGAAGGUCAGGUUCUCAGAGCUUCCCUGACAACCUAUGCAAAACACACUACCCAGCCAUGAUUUGGCACAUCAUCCUGUUCUUUCUAUUACCUACAACACUAUCACUAUCUGAAAUUACCUGAAAUUGUCCAUGUGCCUCCUGCUUAGCAUCUGUCCCCACCUGCCCACCCCUGGAAGGGACUUGUCUGUGUUGUUCACCACUACGUCCUUAACACUUACAGUCCCUGGGACUCAGGUGCUCAGAAAGCCUUUUUGAAUGAACAAGAUGAAUAAAUAGAGAACACAUACAAUAACAGGCCGGUCUUCAGGAGGAGCACAAUUAUCUGAGAGAAAUUUCUCCCAUGCUUCCUUACAGGACGAUGUGGUAUAACAGCAAACAAAUGCCUCCAAAAACACUCUUAUGGCUAAAUCAACAAUGAGUUCACAGGACUAUUUCUUAGUAACAUCUUUCAAUAGAUAUUGGUGUGGUGUAAUACGUGAGAAGGGUAUUUGGUAAAAACAAAUGUAUUAAAAAUAAUUGGAUUGGAGGGAAAAUACAUCAAAACAAUACCAUGCAAGUGUGCAGCUCUCGGACAGAUUUAAUGGGAACUGCUGCUGCAGUGAGCAUCAGAAAUCACCUGUAGGUUUUAAAAAUAUACUUGUGUGGGCCCAACGGUCAGAGAUUGUUAUCAGAAAGAAUAGGGCUCAAAUAUAUUCAGGUUUUUAAAAGCUCCACAGGGGAUUCUGAUGUAGAACUCCAGCUGGACAUCUGUGAUCUGGAAAAGCCUCCAUAAAUAUUACUUACCUCACCUGCAGUGUAAACAUUCUAUGUUGCCAAUCAGUGCAGAUGCCUUAGCAGUCAAACCAGGAAUACAAUCUCCUGUGAAGGCUGAGGCCCCUAAAAGGAAAAGGUACCUAAAUAAAGGGACCUGGCAGUACAACGGAGAGCUUUAGAAAAAUGUUUUAAAACUUAAAAAAUUCUUAGUUAUAUUAAAACUAAGUAUUGAACCCCAAAUUGCAAAAAAUGAAAUUUAAACUUUUAAGUAGACAUACAGGGGUCAUAUUGGUAUUGCAAUUCUGAGACUGAUGUAAUUAAGGUAAAAUAAAACAAAUGAGCAGUUGUGAGAUGUGGCUUUCUAAUUUUAUCAUCACCCUCAAUAGUCCUGAGAACUGGGAUUUUGGAAUGGGAAUAUAAAUGUCUGAUAAAAGAGAUUAAGUAAAACCCCUGCAGUCCUAAAGGGCAAGAGGGGACUUUUUUGGUGUGAUGGAAAUGUUCUAUAUUGUCACUCUGGUAGUAGUUACCCAUUUACCUAAAACGCAUAAUUUGUACAUUUAAAAUAGGUAAAUUUAUUGAAGAUAAAUUAUAUCUCAAUAAAGCUGAUUAAAACAUAUACAUACACAAACACGCAAACACACACACACACACACUAGUUGUGAACACUGAAAAGGCCUAGACACAAAGUCCACUUUCUAACUAUCAGUACCCCUAGUACCCAGAGUACAGCAUCCAAAUACUGUUUUCCAUUAAAAGGAACCAGGGUUUCUUGGAGAAACUCUGAAAUAUACAAUUUCUAGAUCAGACAUUAGAUACCAAGGAAGCUAUCAAACACUACUAAAGUUAUGUCAAAAGGACUCCAGGCCAACUUGAAGAAGCUCCCACUGGCUAAAGAUAGGACAAUUUGAACAUCAAAAGGAACAACUUUAAAGGGGACGAAUCAGCAUUUAUCCUACCUCUCUCAUACCUCUAAGCAAGUAAGAGAUGUUUUUCCUUACAGAAGUAUUCUAACUAAUGAAUGAAGAUGUAAGAAAAUCAGAAUAUCACCAUUUUGCCACCUCUAAUGAACUGACUGACCUAAGCAUUGAUCAACGAUUGAUUGCUAGCAUCCCCAAAAAAGAAACCACCAGACCUAACUGCCUCCUGAUGGGAGAACACAACCUAGGAAAAAUCUUGUCUCCCCGCCCCCGCCCCCAAAUUAAACUUGAAACUGAUCAAGCCUCUGGAUUCAACUUCCACUCUACAGGAAUUAUAUAUAGAGAAGAACAGGUUAAACCCUCAUGGGGAUGCAAUAAGCACGGUCCAAACAGUGACAAAGCCUGUAAAAUAAGCAGCCCAAUUUCUUAAAAAAGGAAAAACAGAGAGAGAGCUCAAAUUUAUGGGAUAAGAGAGACUAAAAGACCUAACAAUCAACUUCAAUUUUAUGAAAUUAUGAGACAAUUGAAAAUCAAGUGGAUAUUUGACAUUAAAGAAUUGGUUUUGGGGUGCCUGGGUGGCUCAGGUAGUUAAGUAUCCAACUUGGGCUCAGGUCAUGGUCUCACAGUUCCUGAGUUCAAGCCCUGCAUCGUAUUCUGCACUGAUAGCCCAGAGCCUGCUUUGGCUUCUCUGUCUCCCUCUCUCUCUGCUCCUCUCCUGCUCUCUCUCAAGGAUAAAUAAACAUUAAAAAAAAAAAAAAAAAAAAAAAAA